GCAUGCAACCAUGGAUGACCUUGCCAGUCUGAACACCACAAAUCUGUCGACGGUAUCGGAUCAAUUCCCAUAUGACUACGCAUUUGCAGUGGUCUAUCUAUUUGUACAAACUCCACUAUGCACUUUUGGAAUGAUUUUGAACGUGCUCAACAUCUGCGUUUUUAGUCAACCGGCUUUUUCUGCUCCAGCCUACAUCAUGAUGAAGUUCUUAUCCUUGGCUGACGCCAUCACACUUGGAGUUCGGAUACCCCAAGGGUUGAUAUUAUUUCAACUUUACGGUGAAGCAAUGGCUGUCAAUUUGUUGUCGCCAGACACAACUGGGUCUGAUUUGUGCUCGAACAGUUUUGCUACUUUUCACUUCAUUUACGCCAGUCAACUCUGGUCCUAUAAUCUUUG